GCGGCUGAUGCCCGAGCGCCGCGGCGUCCUCCCGGGCAGCGAGCGCGGGCUGUCGGCGGCCAUCCGCGCCGCCCGGCCCCGCAUCCUGUUCCACGUCUCGACGGCAGGUCUGAGCACCUCGGAUCACCCGUCAAGGAGCUCUUCUCUCCCUCCUGGUUACUCUGCUUGGAACUUGACCUGGGUCAUGAGAGACACAUCCCCUUUCUUCUCCCAUAGAGGACGACACAUAUUUGACUGCAAUUUUGAAUCUCCUUGUGAGCUGGAAUAUUCCGUUACCUCAAAAGAUCAGGAAACCCCCAACAACGCCUGGGUCAGACUGAGUGCAGAGGAGAUCUCACAGCUAAACAUCCCAGAUGGACCAGAGAGAGAUCACUCUGAGAGUACACCUAAAGGUUCAUUUCUUUUUCUCAAUGCAUCAGAGAGGCCGAGCCCCAUCAUCCUGAGCCCUUGGCUGAGAAGCAGCAGUGAUCAAUGUGUAGUUCAAGUGGCUGUGUAUAAGUUUUACCAGCAGAGUGGAGAAUAUAUUGCUCGUGUCCAUCCCAUUGAUGAAAACAGCAGUGAAAUCUUAUCAGUGAAGAGUCCAGAGAAACAUGGAUGGGUGUUACUUCAAAGGAGAGUUGGACACCUAGAGAAGCCGUUUCGGAUCUCACUGGAGUAUAUUGCUGCUGGGAACAAGAGCGUAGCAGCUGUGGAUUCCUUUGCGAUGAAGAACUGCAGUUCAGGAUCAUCUUCUCUCUCAAAAAUGGCUCUGGAGGGCUCCUUCAGCUGCUGGAAUGGAACAGAGAUCAGGCUGGGGCAGGCGUGUGACUUCAACAGGGACUGCGCCGAGGGAGAAGAUGAGGGAGAUACAUGCAGAAAGCUUCCCUCUGGCUUUUACUGUUCAUUUGAAGAAGGGGACUGUGGCUGGAUGCCAGGCUCCUCUGCAUCCCAUCCUUCUCCAUGGCGGAUUGGAAGCUCGGAACACAACCGUUUUCCUUCAAUAGAAGGUUGUGCACUCCUCCUUAACACCAGCAAAGCACCAGCAGUAGCAAAGACUGUCAUGACCAGCACUGCAUUUCCAGCUCCUUUGAGGAACUCCCCCUGUGAGCUACGAAUGUCAUGGCUCAUCCAUGGUGUCUUGCUGGGAAAUAUAUCCCUGGUGCUGGUCGAGAACAAGACAGGAAAGGAACAGAGCUGGACGUUCUGGCAUUCCGAUAACAGCGAAGGUUUGGGAAUAUGGCAGCAGACGAUCUUACCUCUCCCAGAUAUACCAGAUAGGUUUUGGUUUCAGAUCAUCGCUUCAUGGGAAGAAGGAUCAGAUGCCAUUAUUGCUUUUGACAAUGUCUCCCUUAGUCUGGACUGCUAUUUAACAAUCAGUGGAGAGAAGACAUUUCGAGGUAUCACUCCAGACUCAAGCAAUUUGCUCACAAGUAGAGGCGGCCAGAAGAAGUUUGGAUGGGAACAAAAGCUUCUGGGAAAUCUCCAACUCAACAGUGCCCCCACUUCUGGUCCAGCAGAACACUGGUUAUUUACAACAUGUGGUGCCAGUGGUCCCUAUGGCCCCACACAAAGCCAAUGCAAUGAUGCCUACAGGAACUCCAAGCUCAGUGUGACUGUAGGAGCCGAAGGGAUUCUCCAAGGCAUUCAGAUCUGGAGAGUACCAGCUACCAACACAUACAGCAUCUCAGGCUAUGGAGCUGCUGGUGGGAAAGGAGGGAAGAACACCAUGAUGCGGUCCCACGGUGUGUCUGUGUUGGGAAUUUUUGACCUCCAGAAGGAUGAUACUUUGUAUAUCUUGGUGGGACAGCAAGGAGAAGAUGCUUGUCCUAGUACUAAUGAUGUUAUACAGAAAGUCUGCAUUGGAGAGAACAAUGUGAUCGAAGAAGAGAUACGUGUGAACAGAAGUGUCAAUGAAUGGGCAGGAGGAGGUGGAGGCGGGGGUGGUGCCACCUACAUAUUUAAGAUGGAGAAUGGAGAACCAGUCCCCUUAAUAAUUGCAGCAGGAGGUGGUGGCAGGGCCUACAGGGCCAAAAAGGACACAUUUCAUCCAGAAAGGCUGGAGAAUGACUCCUCUAUUCCAGGGGUGAAUGGAAAUUCAGGAGCUGCAGGUGGUGGAGGUGGCUGGAAUGAUAACACUUCCUUCCUGUGGUCAGGAAAAUCCUUGCUGGAAGGUGGCAAUGCUGCAGUGGACAAUGACCCAGAGAUGGAUGGGGAGGAUGGUGUGUCCUUUAUUAAUCCAAUUGGUACUUUAUAUACUCCAGCACUUAAAGUGACAGAGGGACAUGGAGAGGUGGAUAUUAGGCUGCAUCUUAACUGCAGUCACUGUGAGAUGGACGAGUGCCAUGUUGAUCAUGAGAGUCAAAAAGUCAUUUGCUUUUGUGAGCCAGGCACAGAGUUGGCUGAGGAUGGUGUGUCUUGCAUAGCUGAGCCAGUGGUUCAUCUCCCUCUCUCCUUGGUCUUGUCUGUACUGACUUCAGCAUUGGUGGCUGUUUUAAUGUUGGCUUUUUCGGGAAUCAUGAUAGUUUAUCGUCGGAAGCACCAGGAGCUACAAGCCAUGCAGAUGGAGUUACAGAGCCCAGAAUAUAAACUGAGCAAGCUGCGUACCUCCACUAUAAUGACAGACUACAAUCCCAACUACUGCUUUGCAGGAAAGACCACAUCCAUUAGUGACCUUAAAGAGGUGCCUCGAAAAAACAUCUCCCUCAUCCGGGGUUUGGGCCACGGAGCCUUUGGUGAGGUAUAUGAAGGUCAGGUGACAGGGAUCCCCAGCGACCCCACUCCCUUGCAGGUGGCUGUGAAAACAUUGCCAGAAGUGUGUUCAGAGCAAGAUGAGCUUGACUUCCUCAUGGAAGCUCUCAUUAUUAGCAAGUUCAACCACCAGAACAUCGUGCGCUGUAUUGGGGUGAGCCUGCAGGCGCUGCCCCGUUUCAUCCUGCUGGAGCUCAUGGCUGGAGGGGACCUGAAAUCAUUCCUGAGAGAGACACGACCCAGACCAAAUCAGCCCUCCUCCCUUUCCAUGCUGGACUUGCUCCACGUGGCCCGUGACAUUGCUUGUGGGUGUCAAUACCUGGAGGAGAACCACUUCAUUCACAGGGAUAUUGCUGCCAGGAAUUGCCUCCUUACCUGUCGAGGGCCUGGGAGAGUGGCUAAGAUUGGAGACUUUGGAAUGGCCCGGGAUAUAUACAGAGCCAGCUACUACCGGAAGGGUGGGUGUGCAAUGUUGCCUGUCAAAUGGAUGCCUCCUGAGGCUUUCAUGGAAGGGAUAUUUACAUCAAAAACAGAUACAUGGUCUUUUGGUGUAUUGCUGUGGGAGAUAUUCUCUUUGGGAUACAUGCCCUACCCUAGCAAAAGUAACCAGGAGGUUCUGGAGUUUGUCACCAAUGGAGGAAGGAUGGAUCCACCUAAAAACUGCCCUGGCCCUGUUUACCGCAUUAUGACCCAGUGUUGGCAGCACCAACCUGAAGACCGACCAAAUUUUGCCAUAAUCCUGGAGAGGAUUGAGUACUGCACUCAGGAUCCAGAUGUCAUCAACACCGCCUUGCCAGUAGAAUAUGGCCCAUCAGCUGAGGAGGAGGAGAAGGUGCGCCCUGACGAUCCAGAAGGAAUUUCUCCUCUAUUGGUCUCCACACACCAAGACAGAAAGGAUGAUAAGCAAACCCUGCCAUCUCCACCACCCCUGCCAUCAGCCAUCACUGCUGGAAAAUCUCUAGGGAAAGCGCGAGCCUUGGAACAACCAGUGCCAGGGAAGGUGCCAUCAGCCUCAGCGGGAGGACAUAUCAACAUGGCCUAUGCCCAGUCCAAUCCCCCUUCUGAGCUGCACAAAAGCCGGGGCUCCAGAAACAAGCCCACCAACCUCUGGAAUCCAACCUAUGGUUCCUGGUUUGCGGAGAAGCAGGCCAGCAAAAACAGUUCUGUGCUGGAGAAGGAGAGGCACGAGAGGGAGAAUUUGGGACAGGAAGGAAACUGUACUGUGGGGCCCAACAUUAUGACUGGCAGGCUGCCAGGCUCCUCCUUGCUAUUAGAGCCAUCUUCCCUAACUGCAAGUGUUAAAGAAGUGCCUCUCUUUAGGCUUCGCCACUUCCCCUGUGGGAAUGUCAACUAUGGAUACCAACAGCAGGGCUUACCCUUGGAAGCCUCCACGCCACCUUGCGCUAGCACUUAUGAGGACCCCGUCCUUAGAAACAAGAGCCACAUAACCCAGCAGGGGCCCUGAGAGCCCUCGACCCUCUUGACUUUUCCCCCUGUGGCCCCUGAGCCUUGAAAAGAUGUCCUGUUACCCAACACACCACGAGCAAGGGAUCUGACAGCAUCACCUUCUAUUUUGUGCAAACUUGCUCCGAAAGUGCCACCCUUGCCAUUGUAAUUUCAACCAACCCGAGAGGCUUCAAUCCACCGGAGCCCCAGUAGAGUGAAAGAACCAAGGGGGAGGGAGGAUGCAGAUGUUAUCUGCAAGGCCCAGCUGCUGUUGCAUCAACUCAUUCGCAUGGUUGUCGUCAUGCCCUUCCCGUGAGCUUUUCUCAGUUGUGCGUUCUCUGCUUGCGUGUCAAAGCUGCGGCUCACUGCCAUGAGUGUUCCAUGUCCAAGGUUUUCCAUGCCAAACCUGUCGUUGCUGUGGAAGACCUAGAGAUCUCCUGCAGCUGGCAGAUGUUGUAGUGGGUUUGGGAAGAGCAUCCUCUAUCCAAACCGAAAAAGGAUACAACAUGCUCUGAAUGGUGACACGAUGGCACAUUCUCAAGUUGUGUUCCAGCUACAGUCCAGUCUUCGAAAGUCCUUGAAUGCACAGCGGUUAUGGGGGUGCUGACAGGGCAAUAGAAAGACACUGGUCACACUGCAUCCCUUGAAAGAGAGAGGAGAGGAAGCAGAGCAUGGGUGCAGAUGCUAUGAGGCAUUUGGGGGUUGGGAGAGGCAUUGUUUGCCUGGGGAUUUUUGUUUUGUUUUUGUUUUCCUAUGCUUAAGCACUAAAACUAAGUAAAGCCCUUUAAAAUUCCUUCUGUCCUACAAAAGUAGGAAUGCCCUUAUCAGGAACUUGUGCGUGUCAAGUGGAACCAAGGUGAAGCUUUAAAGGACCAUGGUCAUGACAGAGACUUUCACCAUGCCCUGGAAAUGGACAGCCACCUGCAUACCUCAGAGGUUUACUAUAGCCUUUGACAUACCCUGUACAAAUAACACCAGAAAGGCAGAAGACUACAUCGUGCCACAGUCCAGUUGCCAGAUACUGUCUGUAUUUGAAGGGUUUAGAGCCCUCGUCCCUUUAACAAAAUACAUGUAUGAUAGUGGUUUAAGGACAAACACUCCAUUGACUCACUUUGUACACCUUGUGCAUGAAAAAUAUUCCAGUUAAGUGUAUUGUCAAAACAUAGAUGUAGGAAAUAAUUCAUGUGUAAAGAUGUGCAUUAGUAACUUCAGCUUAGGGUUGCAAGGAGCUGUUUUAGCAUGAACGCUAUCCAAAAAAGGGGUGCUUAUUUCCAUAGAAAUGGAUGUACUGGAGCAUCAGCAAAGGAGCGUGAAGGUGUUCUUCAGUCCAAGACUCUUCGUUUCAGUGAGGUGAAUCUGAAUCUGACCCUGGAUCCAAAUGCUGAGUGGAAAAGUGGGAAGCAGGACGACCUACAAGAUGUAAAGCAUGACUGGGAAAAACCCUGUACUACCACUCUUGUACUUGGAAAAUGGCUUAUUUCAGGAUAUUGUCUGUUUCCUAUAGGUUUCUGAUUCUGUAAGCUGCUGGAGGUAAACUAGGUUGGGAUGCCUGUUUCCAUCCAGUUGUCCCAUCAUCCUCCCUUUUUGCUACUGAACCUUUUUUCUCCAUCAUGUGCCUGGAAAUGAAGCAAGGGAAGAAGUUUGGUUGGUUCUGCUUCCUCGAGGCACAGCAAAGGAGUGGUGGUGGGAGAGGGGCUUUGCUGUAGCAAGGGGAGGUGCAGGUACCACAGGUUGGAAGCACAAGGGCUGCGUUAAUUUGGCCAAGUCAGCCUUGCACAGCGUUGUCAAACUGCUUUGGCUUCCCCCUGCAAAGGCUCCAAGAGCAGCCACAGCACCUCCGGGCGCAGUUGCUGCACGACACAAAGGGUCCGAAAUAGGGUGUGAUGGGUGUAACUUUGCAUGUCUGCUCCUGUUACUGCACCUGUCUUCUGGGUGACGAGAACCUUGACAUAGGAAUAGCAUAAAACAGCCUUCCACAGCAGCAAAGACAUGGCCAUUUGUCUGUCCCAGUUAAACCCACCACAGGAAAAUGUCCGAAUUGUCUGCAUCUGGCUUUUUUAGUAACAAGCUUCAUUAUAGGAGUGUCUGUCUCAUGUACAGCCGUUUAUGCAACAUUGUUUAUAAAGGAAGGGCCUGUGCACUUCAGGGAUACUAUGAAGAAGAAUACUAAUAUAUGGUCAUUGAGUAUUUUGUAUUGAAUAGUGUAUUUGUAUUGUAAACAAGUGUAGUGAACCACAAGGCAUGAAGACAAAUAAAAUGACAGUAGCUGGC